AUGUAUAAAUAUAACAAGGUUCUCGACGCUGCCACUCUUGCAGCCAUUGGGUUCUACUUAGUGUUGGCCCCAUACUCCAAGGUUGAGGAGUCCUUCACAACUCAGGCCAUCCAUGAUAUUGCCAAUUAUGGUGUCUUCCCACAAUCAACUGUCACAGACAAUUAUGACCACAUCCAAUUCCCAGGUGUAGUGCCUCGUACAUUUGUAGGCAGUGUUGUCUUGGGAUUUGGUGUUCGUGUUAUCAGCACUAUUCUUAACGCAACUGGUGCAGCUGAACUAUUAUCGUUCUCCUCAUCUGACCAACUUCAUCUUCAAUUCGUCGCAAGAGCUCUUCUUGGGUUUGCAAACUUUUGGGGAUUUCGUAGCUUGCGUACAGCCAUCAACGCCGUUACUUUUAGAGAUAAGAGUUCCAAGGUCAAGGGACUCAUUGGAUUCUGGUUCUCUAUACUCCUCCUUUCUCAAUUCCAUCUUUUGUUUUAUUCAACCCGUACUCUUCCUAACUUUGUUGCACUCCCAGUGGUUCUUCAUGGAUUUAGUAAGAUCAUCCGUGGUGAUGUAUCCGGAUUGACUUGGUUGGCCUUUGUUGGUGUUGUUUUCCGUUUGGAAAUCGGAGUCUUAGCAGGUCUUAUUGGUCUUGUUUCCUCCUUGGUAUUUGGUCAAUCUAAUAUCUUUGUCAACAUCAUAAUGUUGGUAGCAGGUACCCUUGCUGGAUUAGCCACUUCCUUCUUUGUUGACUCUUACUUCUGGGGUUAUUGGGUAAUCCCUGAACUUGUAGCUUUCAAGUUUAAUGUCAUUGACGGUAAUGCAUCUUCUUGGGGUGUUGAACCAUACGGUGCCUACUUCACCGAUUAUCUUUUAGUUUGGUUUAGACCUCCAGUAGUUCUUAUGCUUGCCAUUCCAGGGUUCCUUAACGACCCAGCCGAUGAUGGGAAAAGUCUUAUUAAGGAAGCUGAAAAGGCUACCAAGGAAAAUAAGCCUAUCGUUACUCACCCAGCAAAGAACUCCCUUCGUAUCUUAUCGAUCUCUUCUUUGCUCUACGUUCUUGUUAUGUCCUUCCAACCACACAAAGAAUGGAGAUUCAUCAUCUAUGUUGCACCUAUUAUUAUCUUGCAAGCAGCUAACGGUCUUGCCAAUAUUUCCAUUAAGUGGUCCUUGUCAAUUUUUGUUAAAUUAUUGACUCUUUUGUUGAUAGCCUUGGUAUACUUGGCCAGUAUUUUAUCUGUCUUUAUGGCUUAUGCCUCUAGUUACAACUACCCUGGAGGAUAUGCCCUUGCCACCCUUAACCAACAUAUCCUCGAACAACAUAGUACUGACAAUGUUACUGUUCAUUUAGGUGUGGCCGCUUGUAUGACUGGUGCUCUGAGAUUUGGACAACUUCAUAAUUCAAACGUUAUUUAUGACAAGACUGAAUCCAAUGAAGCUCUUCUUAAUAUUUGGAACGAUUUUGAUUACUUGGUAGCUGAGGCUGGACUUAGAGACAUUAACGGACCUGAAAAGCUCAUUCCAUUUGAUCAAUCUAAGUGGGAAUUACUUGACGUUACUACUGCCUUUGGUGGCGUAUCUCCAGAUGCUAUCAUCACUUUAAUCAAGGAACAAAGCCAGAAAAGAAGCACAAUUCCAUCUUUAGUCUCCCAAAUUGUCCAUGAACUUAUCAACCAACAAACCUCCCCAACAUUCUUGGCAUUUGCAAAGACUUUGAUUAUCGAACAAAACUACUUGUACAUCUGGAAGAGAAUUGGUGCUGAUGACCUCAGUAACCCUAACUUUACUCAAGUUAACGAACCAGCUGAGGAUAUCAAGAAGGAAAUUGUAGAUGAAACUGAGGUAAAGAUUGACGACAUUGAAGAGGAAAUUAACGAAGAAAUUGAUAGAUUUGAAUCUGCUGAAAGAGAGUACGCAGAAUAUGUCGAAGAAGAGCAGAAAAAGGAACCUGUUGAAGCCUAA